AUGAAUAAUAGCAAUUCAGUACGUCGUUUUUCACCUUCCAAACAACAACAGCAACAUCUUAAUGACUCCACAACAGCAAUGAGAUGGAUUCAAAAGCCUCUGGUUGCUGUACGAAGUCUUCAAUCCACAACACAAGAAAUUUCGUUAUUAAAACUGAUUUUCGAUGGCUUUUCAAUUUUACUAGUAUUUUCGCCAUGGUUAAUUUUUAAAUAUUUGGUAAAACCAAUUCGACGAUCUUUUCUCUGUUCGGAUUUAAAUUUAUAUCAUCCAAAACCAAUAAAAACAGCUGUUCCCACAUGGCUUCUUGUUAUAUAUGCUGUUGUUAUACCAGUGAUUAUUAUACUCUGCUCGGAAGGUGUACGUUGGUACUAUUUAGUUCGUAAGAGAGCAGCACCUAUGAUUUAUAAAAUUCAAAUUCGUUCGACCAUUUAUAAUAUCUCACAAUGGACAGGAAAUCUUUAUAUUAGUCUUGUCGUCUUUGCAUUUGCUCACGGUGUUAAUUCCUUUUUAACAAAUGUUGGCAAAGUUUCUGUUGGUCGUCUUCGUCCACAUUUUAUUCCAUCAUGUUUCAAUAAAUUUAGUUAUACAGAUUUUUGUAACGAUCCUAACCAAUGGAUUUCUAAUUAUACGUGUAUCGGAGAAUCAAGUACUGUUCUUAAAGAAAAAGAUGGAGCUUAUGAUAUUCGACAAUCGUUUCCAUCAGGCCAUGCAUCAACAGCAUUUUGCGGUUUAAUGUUUUUGGCUCUUUAUAUUCAUAAAAUUUGGAGAUAUCGCAAUAUUGGUUUAUUCCCAUAUGUUUUGGAAAUGGGCUGCUUUGCUUUAGCUGCAUAUAUUAGUAUUACACGUGUGACGGAUCAUCGACAUCAUCCUACAGAUGUUCUCAGUGGAGCUAUUUUAGGAAGUGUUAUUGCAAUUAUUGCUUUUCACUAUAUGAUUAAGUCAUUUAAACAAUCAAUUUUAUCACAAGUUGGUGAUGGGCAAAGAAAUAAAGCAGUAGAGAAUGAUAACAUGCUAUGA